GUUAUGUAAGGGUAAACAGUAAACAUAUAUUUUGUCGUUGUCGCAGCCUCCUAAAGAUGCUAGCUUUAGGAGGCUGUGAUUUUGUACGAUUUGUCAAAACUGAAUUUUGUAUUGUAUGUAGUAAAAUGUAGUAUGAUUAGGAUGCAUCCUGUUAUAUGGAUGCAAUUAUCAAAACAGGAUUUAAGAAAAUAAAUCACAGAAUAACUUUUCAACCCAACACCGAGUCAAAGGGAAAAGCUUUAGUCCUAGCAAGUCAUGUUAAGAAUGUUGAAGAAUUAAGGAAAAAUGGGCAAAGCAAUUUAAUUCAAGCACGUAUAAUUAGACAAACUUCUGUCACCUCUGAACCAUAUUAUGCAAAACUAUAUAUUGAUGAUAAAAGAUUGAUUACAGAUGUGUAUUGCAAUUGUGUGUACAAUCAAAGUAAAAAAUGCAAGCAUGUAGCUGCUCUUAUUUAUUUUGUAAAUCAUGAAGAAAGUUUAACAAAGACAGAUCAUGAACAGCAGUGGGGUAAACCGAGUAUAAGUCAAAUAUCAAAAGAAAAGUACUCUAAGGGGAAGUUUUUCUAUGAAAUGAGAAUGAAUGCUAAAAAGCCGAAGAGUAUUUCAAAAUCAUGUGAUGAUAUAGAUACAAUUUUAACCUUAAAAAACCCUUCACCGUUAAAAUUAAUCUGUGCAAGUAUGAAUUUAGAUGACAGUAAACAUGUAAUUGCAGAUUUACUCACAGAAAUAACAAAAGGUGUUGAAACAAAUUUAAAAUUAGAAGAAUGUCAUGUUUGCAUAGAGAAUCUAUUGUUGUUUGCAGCAGAAUAUCCAGUGUGUUUAAUUGAGCUUGAUAUUCCUAAUAAUUUAAAAGACUUUUAUAAAAAUCAUAUAUUUUUGUGCAGUGAAGAUAUUUUAAAGCUAUCUUGUGAUACUCUUGGACAAGCGAAAGAUAAAAAUUGGUUUCUAUCUAGAAAAAAAAAGAAUAUCGGCUAGUAAAAAUGCACAUGAAAUAAAGUGUAGAAAAACAAAAACUAUAGAGAAAUUAUUAUCAGAAAUGAUUUCUGAUAAAACAUUUUCUUCUAGAUCAACAAAAUAUGGAAACCUCAAUGAAUCCAAUGCAAGAGAAUUGUAUGAAAAGCAAUUUAACGUACAAGUAAUUUUAACUGGAUUCACAGUCAGUAUGUUCCAACCAUGGCUAGGUGCAAGUCUUGAUGGUGUUGUUGUUAAAAAUGGUAUUAUUUUAAGAAUAGUAGAAUUUAAGUUCCCUGCAAGCUGUGAGAAAAAACCUAUUGUUGAUGGAAGAAAAUCCAAUGUGCCAUACUUAAAAUAUGAAGGAGGAUGUUUUCUUUUAAGCAAAAGUCAUAUGUACUACACACAGUGCCAAAUGCAAAUGUACAUUAGUGGCCAAAGCAUCUGUGAUUUAUUUUUA